AUGAUAGCGAAACAAAUAAUGGCCCACAAGGAGAAAAAAAAUUGCUCGCCCUCGUUCCAAUUGUCAAACUCUCACUAGAAAAAAACUCAGCAAACGUAAUUUCAAGCUCGUUCGUCAUGCAACGAAGAUCUAACUCUCUACUUCUAGAGGUUAUCCUCACAAAACUACUUCUGCCAGUUCAAUUCUAGUACAUGUGCUCCAAGCUAUUCCCCGUUACUGAUGAUCAACUUGCAGGGAAUAUUAAGAAUAUUAGGCCCGUUCCAAAAGAGACCCGUCCUGAUGAUUUACCAAGAGCUAGCAAGCCCACUGGACCGGUCAUUGAGGAACUGGACACCAAUGAUGAUGAUGAUGAGGAGGAGGAUGAAGAAGAAAAGUGUGGAGAUAACAGACAUCGGAGAAGUCGAUCCGAUGAUUGGACCAACAGAAACCCACUUGUUGAGCAUCAGGAGGAUCAAGCUGAUGAACAUAACAAGGCCAAUAGCAUGAGGAAAAAUUCAUCUUUUGGGAACAUUGAAGGAACUCGAAGUGUGAGCUACACAAGAGUAACAUAUGGCGGCAUAAACGGGGCCUAUUUAACUGCUUCAACAAGCCGCCUGACAGGAAGUGAUGGAAGGGUGUGGAAGGAAACCAGACAUGCGGAUACAACAACUGGUGAAGCAACUCACAGAAUCUCCAGAGGAAUACAUGAUAAGGGACACACAGUUACAAGGAAGCUUAAGUCCGAUGGAAAGGUGGAUGCGAUGGAGACGUUGCACAAUUUGGAAAAAGAUGAUUUGGUUGGUUUUGAGCAAGACUGGAAGGGUAACACCAGUAUGCGUAUGCCACGGUGGAAUGAUGGGCUGGACUUCCACCCACAAAGGGCAUUGAAGUAUGAUGCCAAUAACAAUAGAGGGGCUCCAAUCAGCAGCUUUUUGACCAAAUGCGACUCACCUUUUAGAGAUGGCCUGGGAGGUCCAAGGCCUGAUCUUGAUGUCACGGCACACCCAUCCGGAGGGAGACCAAAAAAGGUUAUAAGGAUUAACAUCGAAUGAUUAACAUUAAUGGUCUGAUGUUGGUUUGCGUGCACACGCCCUCUCCAGAGUCUACUCCUCCUGUAGAAUUCUAUCGGGUUUGUUGUGUUUCUAUAGUCAUUGAAUUGUUUUGAUGAUAUGUUUUCCAACUUCAAUUUCUUUGUAUUUUUGUUGCCAUGUUUGUAUGCAUGUGUAUCACAGCAUUAUAACUGUCAUAUUUGGCUUCUUCAUUUUUCCCUCUUCUGUAGAUUUAACUUGUCAUGUGG